AUGAACAAUCAGGGCUACUAUCAGCAAGGACCACCACAACAAGGUGGGGGCUAUUAUCAACAGGGGCCUCCUCAGAACCAAGGUUAUUACCAGCAGGGACCACCACAAGGUGGGUACUAUCAGCAACAACAGCCCAUGUACCAACAACAACCACCCCAAAAGCAGGACAAAGGCUGCUGCGAAUGGUGUAUGGGAGCGUUGUGCUGCUGUUGUUUACUGGAAUUGUGCUGCAAUUAG